AAUGAAAAAGAAUACAUGAUUUAGGUCUCCAUACGUGUUGAAUGUGUCGUGACUCGUGAAUACAUUAUUUAGGUCUCCAUACGUGGGUCGCAUACGUGUUGCCUAGCAACGUAAAAUCAAAAUAAACAAGUCCAACCAACAAGAAUGGAAGACAUUUCAAUUUGUUCUAAUUGGCAAUGUUUAGGUUCUAGACAGACAAAUUCACGUUCUAAAUAGGUUAUAUAAACCUCUUUCUUUCAAACAUGGCUAAAAUUAAGAAGAAAGGCAACGGAACAAAUAAGAGUACUGUGUUCGAUAUCUAUUUAAACAUCGAGGUUACUCGGGAACGGUUUACGAUUCACAAAGUUACAGGUGACACACAAAUCAAGGACCUAAAAACCCAUGUGGAACUUGUUGCUGGGAUUCCGUACACGCUACAAAGACUACACUAUCUCGAUAAAACCGACAUGGUCGACAUGUCUGAUUUGAAACAUAAUGAUAUAGUUUCUGGCGCGACUAUAGAUCUAAAACUAUGGAAGAUGUGGGAGAAUGUAGUCAGCGUUAUUGUGAGAGGGCGACUACCAGAGAUCCUGGCCCUAGGACUAACGUUAGACAAAUCUUGGGAGAAAUUAGAUAAGGCAUUUUACAAGCAUAAAGUCGAAACAGCCAAGGAGAAAUUACAAGUGGCAUUGCUCUUAGCUGCACAUCGAAACAACACAGAAUUAUUGAAGGCUUUGCUAGACCUUGGUGCUGACAUAAAUUAUAAAACCUCUAUGGGUAGGACAGCUUUGCAUAUGGCUGCCUCACAAGGAAAUUCCGAGUGCAUAGAUAUGAUGUUGGAGAGGGGAGCCUGUAUCGAGGUGUUUGAUGCCGAAGGGAAGACCCCAGUUGACACUGCAAAUUCUUGGGGUAAAAAAGACAGCGAACGGCAUCUCUUUUUGUACCAAUGGCAAACAAGGGCAGCAAAAGUCAAUCCAAAGAAGGAUCUGCCACUGAUGAUGCACCAACGAUUCGAUUCAACAUUACCAACAUGGUUAAAGGGGGGGUAUGGGCAAAUCUAUCAUGCAAGUACAUUACCUGCCGGGGAGUUCUCUGGAACGAAGCUGAGCUCACCCCCCAGGAAACCAACAAGAGGGAAAAGUUCAUACACUGAGAAUGGAAGACAGAAUAAGGCAAACAGUGUUCAAGGUCACACACUUUUUGGGACACCAGAGGAUGAUACAGAUCAUGAUCAUCAAGAAGGACAAGAUGCUUUCCAUGAAAGUAAAAAAAUUGUUCGUGAAAACAGCAUCUUUUCCACUGACACAACAAUAACAAGAUUACCACAACAUGGAAAUCAAACCAGUUUAUAUGGCAACGAUGGGUCUCGUUACUGCAAAGGUGGCUAUUAUAUCAAUUCUAUGAUACGAGCGGCUAACAGUCCUGCAAGGAAGUCUGUUUAUUCGGCUGCUAGCUCUGGGAAUAUGUCCGUAAAAACCCGAAGAAAAAGGUAGCGUGGGGUGCAACCUUUAGUCAAAAAUUCUGCAGCAAAAAACCCAACGGAUGUCAACAGACGUUCAAGGCAACAGCGUCGCCAAAUUCCCUCUGGAAUCACCCAUUAUCGGCAAAAUUUUGUUCGCACCAGCACUGUCAGAUCUUACUGUAGUCGGUGACCUCCCUCAGUCAAAAUGUGACAUACCAACCCCUCACCCCCAUACACUGUCUAAACCUCUCGUUUGACUAAGUGACAGAAACUAAAAGCCACCAUCAACUAUAAUACCAGGUUGUCGCGUCCAGUUUCUUUGGUACACUAUGAUUAUCCUAUUGUUAAUGUUGAUACUCCGAGUUUUGCGGAUAAAAUUGAGACCAUCCCUAGGCUCAGGAGGGCUCAGGAGACAUUGUGACACCGAUUCACUUUUACUUUAUAAAAGGCGUUAUGUUUAGCGUUCUAACGUCUUC